AUGAAGUUUCUAACGAUCGUCGCGUCCGUCGCCAUUUUGGCUGCCGUCGCGUCCUCGCAGAGGACCGAGACCACGGCUGAGGUCCUUCGCAAUAUUUAUUACAGAUGCAUCGACAACGAGGCAAUGUUGUCCUGCGUGAAACCAAAAGUCCUAGCUUACCUGAGCAACGCAGUGAAGCAAGACAGACUCGCGAUCACCGAGGACCUGGCAGUCGUGAAAUCCAGAGACUUUCCUGAGGAAAGCAACGAGGAGUACUAUCCUUCGCAAUACGACUCCGUGGACCCUGCACGGAAGGAACUCCUGAGGUCCUUGAUGCUGGAGAAACUGGAUGCGUACCUGUCGAGCCAUCAGUUGGAGGCUAAAUUACCGGAAGCCAUUGCCGGGUCCAAUAUUGUGCCUAGGUCGUUGGUGGACAGCAUGCCUCGUAGUUUGACUGUACCUCUGUCGGACUCUUCAAACGGUCAAGGCCGUGGAUUCGUGAAGAAGGUCAUGAUACCGUUCCUGUUGGGUCUGAAGUUCAAGGCCACGGCUCUGGUGCCGCUCGCUCUUGCCCUGAUCGCCUUGAAGACGUGGAAAGCUCUCACCCUGGGUCUUCUCUCGAUGGUUCUCAGCGGAGCGAUGAUGAUCUUCAAGCUGACGAAGCCCAAGGUCGCCUACGAGGUCGUGCACUAUGGACACCCUCCAGUGGAGCAUCCACCCCACUGGGACACCGGCGCACACGGUCCCUACAGAGCGUACAGGAAAUAAACCCACCCCUAGACCUUUCUAUUUAAUAUUUAUUCGCGCGACUCUGACUUAUUUAUAAUAAAAUCUCUUGGUCUCAUCAAA